AUGAAUGUGACGAAGCCGAUGUUGUCUUUGGCCUGUGUCCUCCUGCACUGCCUGGGCAAUGGGAUGACGCUCAUCGGGGUCCACCUGCUGUUCCUGCAGACCGAGUUAAAGAUGUCCUUGAAGACCCUCCCUGCCUAUAUGUUGAUCAUCUCCGGCCUCUUGCUGGUCCUCAUCGGGUUCCUCUGGGUCAUCUGUCACAGCAUAAAGAGCAAGAAGUACCAGAGAGAAACACCUGAGCAGCAGGUCCAAAUCUACACCACUGACAGACCAGGCUUCUUUCCUCCGUCGUACGAGGACUGCCGGGCAGGCCGGGUCUCUUCUUCGGGUGCCCCCCCCGAGUCUACGGCUGUGGAUGCUGAGAUCCUCGCUCCUCCUCUGUACAGCCAGGACAGCUCCCAGACCCCGGACUGCACGUGGAGCUGGGAGCAACCUCCUCGGUACAGUCAGCUGGAGCAGCAGGGACAGGGGGGUGCAGAGGAGCUGAGGGGAGAAACAUAG